GUUGAAGAAAAGGAGGCGCGAAGUGUCAAAAAAGAAUCGAGCUCAGACGCGCUCACAAAUCGUCCGAAGAUCAGGCGACAGUGAGAGGACCACUCCCACAGAGAGCGCAGAGUUCAUCAUAACUCGAAUGCACCAGCCGGGAAUCGAACCCGGGUCUGUACCGUGGCAGGGUACUAUUCUACCACUAGACCACUGGUGCUUGUUAGAUAUUGUGUCUCAUGUUUUAUACAUGUCCUUUAUUUUCCCAUUUCGGUCACCAAUCCUACCAGUAGUAAGAACCAGUAGAACUGUAGAAGGAAGAGAGAGUGCCAGAGUGAAACAACCAGGAGCUUCUGGAUGUGCCGAGGCCCGAGAGAGAGAGUUGAAGCGGGAAAAUGUCGAUUCCUCACUCCAACACACUGUUCUGAUUCCUACGUCCGAUUCCGUGGAAUUCAGCUGUAAAUGGGAUCUCCAAAAAGAAGAAGCUGGUGCUGCUUCCUCUUCGGCUUGCUUGCUUCCUCGGAACUUAACUCUCUCCGGUCAGCUGCUUCUCUCGCGUUAUCCCCCUUCGCAUUUCUUCCGCCCGAAUUUCCAUGUAUUUUUCUAACCGCUUCCCACUGUCACUUGGGAGCAAACAGGAAAUGGGUAGGUUCAGUCUGGGAUUUGAAUUCAGGUUACUUCCAGAUAAAAAUGUAUCAAUGCCAUUUGCAAGUCAGAGGUAUCACCUCUGUGUUGGAAGUCACGUAAUUCCACAUCCCAACAAGGUAGACAGUGUUAGUAAAUUCUUUGUUCCGGACUGUUAGAUAUUGGAUGAUCUCUUCUUGUGCCCUGAUACUAACACUUUUCAUUGGUUGAAAAAGUUGGGGAAGAUGCAUUUUUCAUAAGUAGCUACGGUGGUGGAGUCCUUGCCAUUGCUGAUGGUGUCUCAGGGUAACCUUAAAAUUGACCAGUUGCACCAUUCCGCUCUGUUUCGUUUCGUUCUGCUAGUGCUGGAAGCUGAUAUGCUUUGUUAGUAUCAUUAACCUGCCAACCAAUUGUUAUUGCUUUUCAGUUGGGCUGAAGAGGAUGUCGGUCCUUCACUUUUUUCUAGAGAACUGAUUGCAAAUGCUUCUAGUUUCGUGCCAGAUGAGGAGCUCCUUGAGGCAUUGGUUUAAUCUAGAGCAGGUCAACUAUGGUCCCAAGUUCUCAUCAGAAAAGCACAUGCUGCUACCUCCUCAAUCGGCUCAGCUACCGUUUGUUCUUUGGUCAUUUAGGAUUGUGGCUAUGCUGGAGAGAAAUGGAAUGCUUAAGAUCACAAAUGUUGGAGAUUGUGGACUAAAGCUUAUCCAUGAAGGACAAAUAAUAUUCUCCACUUCUCCCCACAAGAACACUAUUUUGAUUGUCCAUAUCAAUUGAGUUCAGAAACUGUCAGUCAGACAUAUCUCGACGCUAUGGUAUGUUCAUUCAUAUUGCUUCAGCAACACUCUUUCAACUUUUUAUAUUUACACAAUGUUGACGAACUUUCUCAUCUUAUCUACAUUUGAUCCUUCCGCAAAGGUUAGCAGCCUGGAAGUGAUUGAGGGGGAUAUUAUUGUGAUGGGUUCUGAUGGCCUUUUCAACAACGUUUGUGAUCAUGAGAUUGUUUCCACAAUAUGCCAACAUAGAAAUGUUAGUGAUGCUGGUAAGUUAUUUGUUGUAAUUUCGAUGUGUUACUAUUUUCUCUCAUUUUACUAUUUGCCUGUGGUAACUUCGACCAUUUCAAUGGUAGCAAAGGUUCUGGCUAACUUAGCGUGAGUUCAUUCACUGGAUUCGAGUUACGAGUCGCCCUACGCAUUGGAACACAGGUCCAAGGUGACCAUCAAACAAACUUCCAAAAUUCAUUCACAUAUGUUCAUCCAUAGUUGACCUGUAUCUUUAAUGUUGAAACUUCUCAUCAUCUCGAUGAAUUCUCUUGGCAGGCUAUUGAGCUUCCAUGGUGGAAAAAGAUCCUUGGCAUGCAACAAGCAUGGCAGACCCCUUUUCUGUUCAUGCUUCAACAUUUCACUCUCUUUUAGCUGGUAACUCCUCUUUGAAACAUAGCAGAAAUUGUUGACUAACUGCUCGAGCCCUUUGUAGGCAGGUGGGAAGCUUGACAAUAUUACUGUGAUAGUCUGGCCAGAUUGCAAGUUCAUAGUAGACGGGGGAUCAUCGAGUCGGAGAAACAGACCUCCAGGAUGAACCUCAAUCUGAAUGUUGCAGUACAGAAUGCGAACUUGUGCACUUCAUCACAGUGGUAGCUAUGGCGCUUCGAGCAAAUAAAAUCAAUUUGUAUUUGGAUUCGAAGGCAGUUACGGCUUCUCUAAGUUUGGCUCAAUGAUAUUCAUUAACGUUCCAGCCACUUGUAUGCUCAUAACAGUUAAACCUGGGAUGAAGUUAUGUAAUUGACGGCAUUGAAGCAUUUCAAUUCAAUACACAUAGUAUAAUCAA